AUGGAGGAGGAUUUACUGGACUGGGAAGCGGAUCUGGAGGUCAACGUUUCCCUUCACCAGCCGCCGUUCGCGGUCCAGGAAAGCCCGCCCGGCAGAGAGUAUGCAAGCCCGCCGGCAGAGUAUGCGGUGCAGUUGGAACAGUCUACAGCCCCUGGACUCACUCUACAAGACCAAAACAUCAAGCUUUUGCUGUACGCAGAUGACCUGGUGCUGCUGUCAUCCACCCCACAGGGACUACAGCAGCACCUAGACCUGCUGGAGAACUACUGCCAGAACUGGGCCCUGCCAGUAAACCUCAAAAAGACCAACUUUAUGGUCUUUCAGAAAAAGCCCAGAUGCCAGGAACACAGAUACCAGUUGGAAUUUAGUGUCACAUUUAUGUUGGAUGAGCUCACAGUAGGACACUAUAAUUCAGAGAUUAAGAGAUACAUUCCUAGAGAUAAUACUACAAAUGAAGAUGAGAUUGUUUCUUACAUCUUUUAUGCAAUGAGGCAUGAUUUGCAACCUUUCCAUGUGGGAAGACUAACAUUUAAAAACUACACAAAAAGUCCUCAACUUUAUCAAGUGAUGAGUCAUUGUGAGCUAUGGGACAAUGAUAAGCCUGGACAAAUGAUCUCUAAGUUUGCUUUUAGUGGCUCCACUACAGAUGAAAUGCGUUUUUAUGACAAGUUUACAUAUGAGAGCCCAAAAGAAAUGGCAACACUAUCUCUGGAGCUGUUCAAGUGGCGUCAUGAGACAAUAAACUACCCAUCCUGCAUAGCAACUCUCAGGAAUUACCUUAAAAAGAGACUAACUCAAGUGAAUAAGAAAGUGAAACCGCGAGUCAGACUCAUCCAGAAAGCUAUCUUAGAUUCUAGAGGGUCUCGUGUGAGUUGUUUAGCAACAGGAUUUUACCCUCGUCACAUCAACCUGACCCUGUUCAGAGACGGGCAGCCUGUAGCUGAUCAUGAGAUCACUGGAGGAGAUCUGCUGCCCAAUGAUGACGGGACGUACCAGAUGAGGAAGAGUCUGGAGAUCAGUGCUGCAGACAAACACAAAUACACCUGCUCUGCCACACACCUCAGUCUGGACAACAGGAUGACUGUGGAUUUAGAGUACGAUCAUGGAGAACCAUUUAACUCAGUGAUUCCAUCAGUCCUAACAGUUUUGGUGUUGGUGUUGGCGUUUGAGGCUGCUGUUAUUAUAUGGAGAAAGCGGCAUGCAGCAUCUGAAGAAAUCGUGGACACUUCAAGAAAUGUUCAAGUUCAAGACACGAAGCCACAUAGAUGA